AGAUAAGCUUUCAAAUCUCGGAGAUAUUUACGUUUUGUUUUUGGAUAGGUGUAGCUGUGACGAAACAGAGAUAUUUUUGUUGUUAAAGUUUUUUAUCUUAAAUAUCCAGCAAAAGCUUCAGCUUUAUUAAGUUGCUAUUAACGUUUUAAAAUGCCUGUUUUCCAUACAAAAACGAUUGAAUCGAUACUGGAGCCUGUUGCUCAACAGGUUGGGCGUCUUGUAGUUAUUCAUGAAGAAGGUGAAGAAGGGGGAGCAAUUCCAGAUUUGUCAGAACCUGUUAAUACUGUUAGCGCAGCAGUCAACAAUCUUGUAUUGGUUGGUAAGUCAACGGUACAGACUAGUAAGGAUGAAAUUCUUCAAAAAGAAAUGCCAGUUACAUUUAAUCGAGUUGAAAAAGCAUCUAAUGAUCUAAUUCAAGCUUCAAAAGUCUUAAAAGGAGAUCCUUAUUCAAGUGUUGGAAGAAAACUUCUACUAGAUGGAGCUAGAGGUAUUUUAAAUGGAACAUCUGCUUUGCUUUUAACAUUUGAUGAUGGAGAAGUGAGAAAAAUCUUAGCACAGUGUCGAGCAGUGCUAGAUUAUUUACAAGUUGCUGAAGUUGUUGAAUCUCUGCCUGACUGUGUUACAUUUGUUAAAAAUCUUACUCCUGGUGCUACAAGUUUUGCCAAAAAAGUUGAAGGUCGAAUACCUGAUUUAACACAUGCAACUCACAGAGACUUGUUAGAAAAGCACAAAAAUAGUGCUACACAGAACAUUCCACGGUUAAUCUCCGCCAUGAAAUCUUUUGUUUUAACACUUGAAAAUGGAAAGGGGAAGGCAGAGGCCCAAGAAAAUCGAAACUUUUUGAUCACAAAAAUCAGUGAUGACAUCAUUGAAAUUAUGCGAGUUCUUCAACUAAAAAUAGAUGAUGAAUAUGACAUUGAAGAUCCAACAAAUUUCAUGCAAAAAGCUCGCCAUAAGCUUAAAGAAAAGAUGAAAAUAGCCAAAGAUUGGUUGUCAAACACUGAUGCUGCUGCAAAUGGGCUUGGUGAACAAGCUUUACGAGAAAUAAUUAAACAAGCUAGACAGGUUGGUAUUCUAGCGAAUGAUAUGAAAAUAAAAAAUUUAUGUGACGAACUUGAUCGACUCAUUGAUCAAAUUGCAGAUCUACGAAUUAAAGGAAUGGCUCAAUCACCUGAAGCAAUGAGACUUGCACAAGAGAUUGAUGAUAGAAUACAACGUCUAACAAAGCUUGUUGAUGAUGCAAUAGCCAAUGAAACAACUUCUGGUAAGAGAUUGCCAGCAGCAACAACACAGGGUCAGUAUGAACAAGCAUUGAAUUGGAUUGAUGAUCCUCGAUCUGAAUAUAAUGGCACUGGUAAACGUGCUAUCGAUUCACUUGUUGAAGAUGGGAAAAGACUAGCUGAACAUUUUUCAGGACCAGAAAAACAGGAACUGCUCGAUACUGUAGCUAAUAUUCAACAUUUGACAAAGGAACUUGCUCAUCUUAAAUCCCAAGGAAAAGGAAAUACACCUGAAGCUCAACAAAUUGCUAAACAACUAAAGCGAGAACUUGAGAAACUUAAAACUAUACUUCAAACAGGAGCUGUUCGCAGUGUUGUUGAUAGUUUUAUGGAUACCAUGACACCAAUUAAACAUCUUGAGAAAGCAGCUAAAGCUGCAAUCGAUACUCCAAAUCGUGACCAAGAGUUUGAAGAGAAAGCUGGCGCAUUUGAAUAUCAUACAAGUAAGAUUAUCGAGAGUGCAGAGCAAACUGCAGUGCAUGGAAAGCAUGCUAAUAAGCAGCUGUUUUACAACAUUCACUCAGCUGCAAAUGAUUUAGCAGAAAUUACUCCUCAAGUCUCGCAUGCAGGUAAACUCUUGCUUUUGAACCCUGGCAAUCCAACUAUAGAACUUCAUUUUGAUAACCUUAAAAACCAUUGGAUUGAAAAAGCAUCGGAAGUUACAGCUCUUGUUGAUACUGCUACUGAUGCCUAUGAUUUUGUGAAGGAGAGUGAAGCUGCUAUUCGAAAAGAGCAAGAAAAUGCAAUGGUGGGACUAGAGCAAUUCAACCCAUCUGUUGUUGUAUCUAAAGGUGGCAACAUGGUUCGUUUGGCUAAUCGAGUCAUUCAAGUUUCUAGUGCAGAAGCUGAAAAUUCUCUUGAUCCAGAAUUUCAAGAAAAUGUUAACAGUUCUGUUGCUCGACUGCGAGAAAGUAGUUCUCCUUUAGUACAAUGUACUAAAAAUGUUGCUCUUAAUCCGAAAUCAGUCCAAGUUAAGAUUGAGUUUAAGAACACUGGUGAUGAGCUCAUUGGAAGAAUUGUUGAGGUUAAAAAUGCACUUGACACUGCCCCACCUCUUCCUCCUUUACCUGAUAUGGCAAAAAUUAAAAUUGCUGAUAAACAUGAGGUAGAGUAUCUUGGACCUGCACGUCCACCACCACCAGUUGCAUUUCCAGUUGUUGAAGGGUUAAUAGAAGCUGAUGAAUCUCGAGAAUUGCGAUCCAUUUUGGAAAAUGUUCCAGAUGCAGAUAAUCGAAUGGCUGUUGCUGCUCAUCAACUUCAUGUUGAAGCUAGCAAAUGGGAAGAGGAAGGCAAUUCUCUUAUUCAAGCUGCACGUCAGAUGGCUAUGCUUUUUGCAAAAAUGUCUAAAUUUAUAACAGAUGAAGAUCAUUUUAACACUCAUUCUAAAAGAGAGUUGAUUGAGACUGCUAAAGGAGUUGCUAGAGCCAGUGUAGAACUUGUUAAACGUGCCAGAGAAAUAGCAAAAGACUGUCCUGACAAGCGCAUGAAGGCUGAAUUGGAACUGACAAUUGAUCGUAUUCCAACAAUUGCAACACAGUUAAAGAUUCUUGCCACGGUUAAAGCUACAAUGUUUGGCGCUAACGAUCCUCAAGCAGACCUCGAAGCCACAGAGAUGUUAGUGGGUUGCGCUGAAAACCUUAUGGCUUCUGCGAGGUAUGUCGUAAAAGAUUGUGAGUCUGCAACAAUAAAAAUCCGCGCUGGACAUGGCAAAGUUGCUUGUUGGAAAAAAGAAGGAAGUCGUUAGUUUUUGAUUAUAAAAGCUAUUUGUUGUCCAGAUUUAUAACAUGUGUAACAAGUCAUUAGUGUCAUAACAUAGACGCUUAAUAUUUUUUAAUCGUAAAGGGGACACAAUCGUAACUUUGCGUGUUUUUUUAACUACAUUGUAUAGUAUGAAUAUUUUUAUUUUUUCUCAAUUUAGGUUUAAUUUGACAACUUUUUUUUUUCGAAUUUUUUUGUUUUGUUUUUUUAUUUAGACUUUUUUUCGUUUAAUUUUGUUAUUUUAUGUAUAAUUUUAAAUUUGUUCAUUUGAAAUCCUGUAUCAAAUUUUCUAGAACUAUUUAUAAACGUCCUUUUCUAGGAUGAUUUUCUAUA